UCUGGCACGAAGUUUGACAAGACCACGUAAAAAAAAAGAAAAGCAGAGCGGAUCCGUAGUUUUAAUGCCAUCAUUAGUCACGCAGCCGAAGCAAUUAUUGUCGAGUGACAAACAAAUUAUAUUCAACGGGUAAAAAGGUUAACUUUGUUGACAUUAAUUUGCGAAUAGAUGAGUACGCGAAAGAGGUAGCAUCAGGUGGUAUAUAUCAAAAGUACUCCUGAUCUCGAUUCAUGUCUAUAUAACAAGAUCUAUUCAGAUUACUUCUUCACUUACACCCCUUAUAUUUGUAUUUCCUGAUGUUUUGUGGAUUCUUCUUGUGUUUGUUGGGCAUCACUGUUGGAAUACUUCCGCUUAUUGAUGGAGCUGUGAGAUUUACUCAAUUUCCACCACCUAUCUUGUAUGUGUCUAGUGGUAGAACUGCAAAGUUUGUCUGGGAUUACCAUGUCGAUGACCGAAAAAAUGAGCUUUUUACAUCGUCACCAGAAUGGUAUUACAAUAAUAGCAUUAACGAAAGUAAAAUUGCUGCUGAAAACUAUGGCUUUGUAAAUGGAAGAUUUCAAUGGAUAUGGUCUGUAUCACCAUCAUGUCCAGGAAAGCUGAGACCUCGACUCAGCAAGGAAUCUGUUGCUACUCUGGUCAUCUCAAAUGUGAAUACACUCGAUAAUGGGAACUAUUCUUGCGAACUGGUUUUAAAUAAGGGUCAGAGCCCAAGAAGCGAAACAGAGCUAAUAGUAACAGUGCGCCCAAAAUUCAGCAUCAAUCCACCAUCCUCCGUAGUUAUAUCCGAAACAUCGAAUCUAGGUGUAUCUUGUGCAGCAACGGGACAACCAACGCCUAACAUAGCUUGGGUAACAUUACGGGAUAGGGCAAUCAUAAGCCGAGGAGUAGGAAGUGCCACAUUGAGCAUACCGACAAUUAGAAGGGAUCAGAAUGGAACUUAUGAAUGUCAAGCUACCAACAACCCAAAUGAGCGUCCACUUUCUGCGCGGACUAAUGUUGAUGUUCAGUAUGCCCCAUCCAUCACUACCAGACCAAAGGACAUUGUUGUUACUAAAGGUGAUCAAAUCGUUCUGACUUGUCGUGCAAGCGGGAACCCUUCACCUUCGAUUUCCUGGUCAAAAGAGAGCGGAACCAUAAGACCAGGACAUACAGCUUCUGGUAAUACUCUAGUAAUCCCUGAUUCUGUCAAGACUGAUGCUGGCAAGUACAUCUGUAAGGCCAGUAAUGUUUACGAAAUGGCAACUCACACAGCAGUGGCUUCGGGAUAUGUUACUGUAAAAUAUCAACCAACAAUUUUGUCAAAGUCCCAAAACCAGAUCAUCAACGAGACAGACCUUCUUCGUCUGACAUGUAAAGCAGAUGGAUACCCAGCACCAAACAUCACGUGGACCAAGUCCUCAGGAUCUAUUACAUCUUCCGUCAGUCUUAUAGGCAACGAGUACCAUAUUCAGUCAGCAAAGAGAUCAGAUACAGGGACAUACACGUGUACAGCUAGUAACGGCAUAGGAAGAGAAGCAAUGGCCAGUAUACAAGUUACUGUGCAAUACAAAGCAGAAAUUGAUGUUUCGAAAUCUACGAAAGCAUUAGAUUCAUGGAACGGCAAACAGAUACGUUUGCGCUGUUCAUUCAUUGGUAAUCCUGUUGCUCGUGUCACGUGGUAUAAACCAUCAGGUUCAAAAAUAUCUAAACAAGAUGAUAGAACAAAUAGCAAUGAAGGAGGUACAUUUUCAAGUGAGUUGAACAUAACAACCAACGCUCCAGAAGAUUAUGGAAAAUACAGAUGUUUUGUUACUAAUGUAGUUGGUAGCGAAGAACAUUACAUAAUGGUCAAGCAGCUAUUUACUCCAUUUGAGCCAGCGCAGCCACACUCCAUUAGUGAUUCCAAAGGCACACAAAUCACCAUAUUCUGGUGUGUUCCUGAUGUUAAAGGUGGAACCCCUGUCAUUGACUACAAAGUGGAGAUCAAUACUGRCCCACCGAGGGAGUUUAUCAGUAAAAAUACAUUUGCUGAAGUAAAAGACCUGCAGGAGAAUACACAAUAUACCGUAAAAAUAUAUGCAAGGAAUAGAGCUGGUUAUGGAGAUCCAGUUAAUAGUGUAAUCGUGACACAAAAUCCUGAAAACCAUACUACGUUUAUCGUCGCGUCGUUGGUGACGAUUUUGGUGAUAUCCUUGGUGGCUAACGCACUGUUUAUAAUCACCUUAAUCAAAACGCAAAGUAAGUUGAAUAAUAUGUGUAUUAUUUCAUUGGGCUCUGAUGCUGUGUCCAGUCAUUGUUGUUUUGUGAUCAGUCCCAAUAGCAUAGAAUAAAGAAAUGAAGAGAACGAAUUAAGAAGGAAUGGGCCAAAAAUAAACCAAUCAUAUGGUUAAAAUAUAUAUAAGAAAYAUGAAUAUUAUAAAAGGAUAGAAAGAAAAAAAAGAAGAUAGGGAUCGAGGGAGGAAGGGAAAGAAAAACAAACCAACAAAUGAAUGGAUCAAAGUUUGCAAAGAAAUUAAACGGAAGCCAAGAGGAAGAGAAGAUAGGGGAAAAUGUUCCGCAUGCUACAUGAAAAUCUUACACAAUAAAGGUCAUAAAAGUCAAGAUGAAAUAUUAAAUUGACUAUUCCUUUGCAGGAGCAGAAARCAAAUGCAAACUUACUAGGCGCUCCAGGAAUACAUCAUACGAGAAUAAGACWAAUGUAGAAUUGGAAAGCAUCCCAGACAAAGAGACGUUCUGUUCAAAUGAUGCCAACGUCAGCCCCGGCAUACAAMGCGAUGCAUCUUGUGAAGCCGUGGUAGACAAUGCUUCUCAUUACCAAUCCCUCAGUUCUGCAACUCGACGUACCGUUGAUGAGGCGCGGCCUCCACAGCUUUAUGAGCCAUUAAUUGCAGAUUCUAAGAAACCUCGGCAAAGCGAAUAUGCGUCAGUUCAGAUUAAUAGCCGUUCGAAUCCCAAGGGUGUGGUAGAAGAAGAAAACCCUAAAGAACAAACCACCGUUGCAUAAAAAACGACUGCUCAAAUUAAUAGUAGAUAAUGAAGUAAAAUUGUGCAAAAGCAUUGUUAUUUUAAUGAAAAUGGUCAGCAAACAUUAGCUACAUGUUUUUGACUAACUUGAAAGGUAAAUGAACUGACUAUAAAAAUGAAAUAUUAUUUUUCUCGGCAAAAAUUAUUGUUGUCGAGUCAGUUCUAUUUUAAAUACUAAUUGUAUAUUAGAGCCGAGUAAUGCAUGGAAAACUAAUUAAAUGAUUGAAAAUGACGGGCAAUUUUUGCUGCCAAUUACCGUAGAUAGGUAAUAAGAUUUAUGGGAUGUGUUUAUCUGUUAUAAAUCAAUUAUUAAACCUGAUUUUACCUGUG